UAGCUUAAUGUUCUUGUUUCUUUUUAAUUUAAUUUUAAUUUUAUAAAUUAUUGUAUUUCUUUUAAACUUUUUUUUUUUUUUUAUUACCUUCGCCUCUGUUCUUGCACAAUAUUUAAAUUUAAAACGGAAUAAAGAUUACAAAUUUAAGGGCAAUUUGCAUACUUAAAUAAAUAGUGACGUUCAUAAAAGAUUCUCCCAUAAUAAUCACAUCACUCGGCAAUGUAACGCGUAGUUUAAUCUUUUAUUAAGGCAUCCAUCAAAUCAUUUUAUAGUCUCGUGUCCAAAAAUAAAAGUUUUUUUUUCUUUAAUGUUUGUUCUUAAAAUGUGGGUCAGUAAUUCUGGGAAGUCUUAGCGAAGCCCUAAUCAAUGUGUACUCGUAUUGUUAACUUAGUAGCAUCUUUUACUGUUUGUUUAAUAAGUGAGACAAGACUUCUCUCUAACAAAGGGUGUACCUAGUGACUUUUUACAGAUAAGGUCGCUUCGAAUUGCGCGUCAACAUCAACCCUUCAGCGAGCACUAUUGACAGAUUGACACCUUCAGUAUUGCAUUUACAAACGCGUAGCGCAACGCAACCCACCUUGGUAUCUGAGUGCACUGGAAUUGAUAGCUCUAAUACCCUUCAUGGAAAGAGCUUUAUUCUAAAAGUUCUUCAAGCUUUCGCAACUAUACUCACAAAAGCACACCCCUGCUCUGCUCUUACACGCUCACGGUCUUAAGUGCAUUGUUAUUGAUAUACGCCGCCGUCACAUAUUGGCGCUAAAUCAGUAUUAGAUAUUUGAGAUUAGUGAAAAAAAAUAAUAGAAUCUAAGCACAACGUGUAUAAAAGCUUUAUAGAUGUUUCGAAGAGCUAUCAGUCAGUGUUCAACCAUUAGAAAGACAACACAAUUCUGCAAAUAAGGAAAUCUAUCAAAAACUGUCAGAAAAAUGAUGACUUCAGAGGUACUACCAUCGGGUUUGCUGGAAGCAAUAGAGGAGAUUGUCGAAGAACAAGGUUUCGACAGCAAGUAUAUUUUGGAGACGAGUCCAUUGGCGGGCGUCGGUGAGAAUUCAUACGGUUUGGUGUUGGAGGCCAAGAUCAGUUGUCCCAAAAAGUCAAGAGAUCCAUUCUACUGCGUGCUAAAGAUUGCCCCUUCCAAUGAGGCCCGCAGGAUCCACAUGAGGGUGGCGGACUAUUACAAACGUGAGUUCUUCAUGUACAACCAGGUUCUGCGAGCUUUUCAAGAUAUCCAGGAGGAAGAGAGAAUCCCAACGGACAAAGCUUUCAAUGCCAUGCCAAAAGUUUACUACGCAUCGCUCAAGAACCUCGAGGAGUUCUUCAUAUUCGAGGAUCUGGUUGAGGGAGGAUUCGGCAGAAAUUCCCGAUCGAACUUACCAACCUUUGAUCUAGCCAUAACAGCCUUGAAAGCUCUGGCAAAAUAUCACGCAAUGUCAUUUGUCGUCCAGGCAAAGAGACCAAAGCUAUUCGAAAAGCUCAUCGGGGAACUACGCUUCAAUGACAACCUCUACACACCCAACAUGGAUCAAGUAACAAUUGAAUUCGCCAAGAAAUAUGUUCGACGGACAAAGUCAAUGAUCGCCGAUGAUAAGCACCGUUCCAAUCGAACAGAACUCUUGAAAGUUGUGCAAAUUUUCGAGGAUACAUUCAAGGAAAUCGCUUUAAAAGCUGUCGAUGGGGGUGAAUGUGCACCGUACUCGGUCAUUUGUCAUGGCGACUUCUGGAACAAUAACAUUCUCUAUCGUUAUGACGAACGUAACAACCCUAUCGAAGCAAAACUCAUCGACUUCCAGAUGUCUAGAUACGCCUCACCAGUCCUAGAUAUUGUACACUACCUCUUUGCUUGCACUGAAAAGGCGCUUCGUGAUGAACACUUUGAUGAGUUCAUGGACACUUAUCAUAGGACUCUUUCCGACCACUUGCGACUUUUUAAUUUGGACCCCGAGAUCAUAUUCCCAAGGUCUGUCUUCGAUAGCCAGCUCAAGACCUAUGGCCCGUACGGUUUCUGCAUGGCAAUAUUUUCAGUGCCGUUUUUUAUUUGCGAUUCAAGCGAUCUACCAGAUCUAGAUGAGGUGUCCGAAGCGAUCCAUGAACUCUCCUCCGAAGGAUCCGAUUCCGAGGAUAAAAAUCAAGAGCCAAACAAUAACGUUGUCUCGGAAAUGGAAAAGAAGAGCAGAGUUCUUGUGGAAGAGUUUGAGAUAUUAAAUGAGAAGACGCUGCCGAUAUUCAAAAGACGCCUAACCGGAAUUGUUCUCGACUUGGUUAAGUACGAUAUGGUCGAUGAAUUGUUUGAAUUUUGUAAGAACAUCCGAGCAAACAAAAUUACCACAAAUUGAGGGACUCACAACACAAAAAGGAUGCAAAGAGAGUUUUCAAUGAGGCGUAUGGAAAGUAUAUAAGCUGUCUAAGGCUACAAAACAAUUUAGUACCUUAUACAAAUUGUGUUAUUAGAUAAAAAAAAAACAAAUUGUAAUUAAAAUUAAUUAAAUAAACAGUAUUGUAAUUAAGUGUUUCAAAGUUCAAAUCAAAUUUUAAUGCAUGUAAAAUUAUUUCUAUGUAUUUUAAAAGAACAAUUUUAAUAUCAAAUUUAAUCUAAUUGUAAGUUUGUACAUUCAAAUUUUAUAAAUAAAUAAAAUGUCAUAAUAAAAUA